AUGGUUGACGAUGAAUAUCUUGGGUUCAGUAAGCCCACGACUAUGCUGGAUGGUACGAAUGUCGCGCAGCAGGAUGGGAAUGAUGCCAACCAAGAAGGGGGCAAGGAAAGAGCUCGCCGCAUUCGCUCGAGCAAACCAAAAGUCAAAACUGGUUGCUACAACUGCAAAAUGAGGCGGAUCAAAUGCGACGAGCGACGUCCCGAGUGUACGCAGUGUAUACGCUCUAAAAAGAUAUGCACAGGCUAUCCCCCUCCUCCGCAGCAAUUGAGUACGUUUGAUGCGAGCAAGUCAAAUCAGGCAUACAAGGUACCUCCGAGGCCACACACAGGGGUCGAGCCUACAACGAUUGCAGAGGACCGGGGUCAGCCGACUCAGACAGACCAAAGCACCCUUGCUUCGGGGACUCCUUCACAUGGCCAAGCAACUCAAGCGAUAGACUGGCACAUCCAGCAAAACGACACCCUUGUUUCCCAAGGACGCGCCAAGCAUAAGGGCGGCUCGGCCUGUCUGCUUUUGCGGGCUGCAACGUGGUUGCUACAAGGCACAGUCAAAGCAACCAAGAACGAUCAAUGUAACAACGGUUCGAAGGUGACGAUGGCGUUGACGAGAGCACUUGAAGGCCUUGCGCUGUGGGAUGAAAGGCACUCCGUCUCGGAAGGACGUCUUGACACCAUACUUGAGAUGUCCACAAGAGUGCGCAACGCGACUCUCUCUUCGCUAUGCAGGGUUGUCAGCACGAUCUCUAACAGCAUAAUCCCAAAACUCUCCGGCGAUGCUUCAAGGCUAGAACUAGAAGCCGUGAUGGAGGGUUUUACCAACGGCUUCAACUUGGCCCGCAUCAUCGACGAAGACGACGAAGACGAUAGUAACCUUGACGAUGAUAUCGACGAUGACAAUACAGACUCCGAGCGGGAGACAUUGGAUGAUCAUCUGAAGGACUUGGAUGAGUACAUAAGGGGUCUCAACGAUCUUGACUCCUCCCUUGCCAACCCAGCCAUGGACGCAGUGACUGUGCCAUCACGAACGUCGACGGAAAAGGCAGUCCCGCUGGCCAAGCAAGGCUCUUCACCUUUAUCACGGCAACACUUCUACUCUCUCCGCAUUCGUGACCUAUUCCCGGAAGUGUCCGACUACCUGGCCGAUCACCUCGGGCAGUCCAAUUGGGAAAGAUACUGCCUCAUUCUCGGGACCAGAGAGCAGGGCGCGAAACAAGUAGACGAAGACGAUCCACCGUUAGACAUCGAGUACACGCUGCGCAAUCCGAGCUGGUACGGUAGCUCACGACCGGGUGCCGCAACCUUGCCAGAUUCAGGUGUUGGGACGUCACUUCAAACAUAUACCGCGCUCCGAUCUCAGCUAUCAUCGGCGGUCUCUGGGAUUGGUGAUGGUUUCUAUUCAGCUUUCCCAUCUCUCAGCAAAGAGGCCAAGGCCGGCAAGCCAUUUGAAUGUGAUGCCUGUGGACGACAAGUGGUGGUGACACGGUCACGCUUAUGGAAGAAACAUCUGCUGGAUGACCUCCAGCCCUACAUCUGCAUUGUUCCUGGAUGCGAAGUGGACAGAACGCCAUUCCCGUCGCAGAUAGCCUGGAUCGAGCAUAUCAGGUCGAAACACUCGAGUACAGACUUUCUCCAACACCUUUGCUGUCCGUUCUGCAAGGUUUCAGCACCGCGCGAGGUCUUCGGGAUGCUCACGCACAUCGCCAAGCACCUCGAGGUCAUCUCGGCGAUACCCCUGCCCCGCUACGAUCCUGACGACACUGCGGAAGAGAGUUCCCAGAGUAUGUCUAUGGCCACGAAUGCUGCAAGUGACGAGAGCGAUGAAGUCCUGCGCAAUGUGGCAAAUUUUGUUGAGAGCAACGCGACGGCUCCAGGUGUUCCCCUUCGGCAUGUCGAGGGGGUGACUCGUCAACUCAGCGUUUAA